AAUGGAAGCCUUAUCAAGGUGGCGGCAAUGACGAUGUCAAUGUUUGGAAGCAAAAGCGGAGACGACGGCGACCGGCUUUCAUGCCAGAUGGGGCUUGAUGGGGAAAUGGCUGCAUCUUCGUUGCGGUUGCAGCGCUUCUGAGAUUGACGGCGCUGCUGCGAACAGGCUGCAUGCUGACAGAACGUGUUCAAUCAUCGGACGCACAGCAUGCGGCACGAUGCAAACACAUGCCACGCCGAGAGCUUCGCAAAGUGGCCUCGUUUGAGCUCCGUACUCGACAAUGCGUCGAAUCUUCUCUUGGUUGGAACCGGAAGACGAGGCCGGGCAUCGGCGGUUCUGGGCAUGACGAAGUCGAGGCAAGGCGUGGUAUUAAUAAAUGGUGGGCUCACUCACUACUCACAAUCAGCCCGACGGCGACGGCCAGGUGUUUUUUGCUUUUCACACCAAAUCGCUCUCCACUGUUUGUCGAGGCCGCGGUUGCACGAAAAUCAAGGCACAAGUAGAUGUUUUGUCCUCUCCUAUUAUUCAUCCUCUCGCCUCUCGUCACAUUCCUUUGUAUCGUACUAUGGUACCUGCAUCAAAUUUCGUCAUACCUCCUUGUCCUACCGAAACACUCAACGGGUCUUGUGCCCAAGACAUCUAAGUCAUUUAUCAUCCACAAAUCACGCGCGCGUCUGUCUCAAAGAAAAUAUGACUGCUAUCAUUCCGCGCUGCAACCAAACGAUGCGUCCAUGCUUCUGUUUCUCGGUGUAUCUCAGCAUCAUGAGCACGGAGGAGCAACCAGGGUGGCCACAAGCUGCCCAGCGCUCUGGUUCUCUCAGACAAAAUGCUGUAACUGUUCCCAACUUUGGAUAUUGAGUAUUAUGACGGUGCUGUACUGACAUCAGCAUACCGGUGGCGAAUUGUCUACGAGCAUUCUUUAUGGGCAACUCACAGGGUGCAACUACUGUAUGGUUGGCGUAACUUCCCUCUUGAAUGACAAGCCGUGCUGUGUUUGUGAGAAUUCACCGUUAC